AUGACCGAGAACAAGACCCCAGAAACGCACUGCCAAUUGCCGCAAGCGAACACCACAGAAGCCACUUUGUGCCGAACAGACUCCGCAGCCGCAGUCAGUCCGACCGUUUCCUCCCAAGACCUCGAUUCAGAGAUAUCUAAAGCCACACAUCAAGUCCAGCUCAUCGAGUUUCUCGGUGCGCAUCAGCGAUCUAUCAAAUACGCAUCAUAUGCUAUCGAACAGGCCCUUCGUGGAAAGCAAUCGAACCGGAUGAGCAGCGAAGAUGUUGCCAGGAGAUGGCUUCAUACUGCGAAGGAAGAGAUUGAGAAUUGGUCAAAGCAGACGAAGCAGAUGGUAGAUGAAGUGGAGGAAGCUGGCAGCACUAGGAGUAGCUAG